UAUUCUGUCAUGCUGGAAGGGCACCAGGCUUGCUCAAUGAGGCCGGGUUUAACAUCCAGUGCUCAAGCAGCGCCGAAGCCGAAUGCGGUGCGGUCCCGGCGAGCGAGGUUCGCCGAGGACGACGGAGCCGCGGCGUGCAGCAGCUUCGCCGCCUACGACCUGCGGACAGUCGACGUCGGCCUUUUCCGGCAACAAGUCGGUGCGACUUGCCUCGACUCUGACACGGACUCUUCGUUCUCCUUAUCGACGGAUGGCUUCUGGGAGCGGCGGUCCACGUUUGAGCAGUGGCUGCUGGUGCUGUGCGCCUCGGUUGUCCUGAUGACGUGCAUGACCCUGACGUACACCUUCUACUAUGCGCGUGAGUACGGCAAAGCGGAAAGGCUGAAACAAGUCGGCAUAGAAUACUACGAUUGCCAGACACAGGUGUGCAAGGAUGCAGCGAUCGAGCUGAAAGACACUCUAAACCUUAACCGGGACCCGUGCAAGAACUUCUACGAGUACGCGUGCAGCCUCUGGCCUAGCCGGUACCCGGUACCUGACGAUAUGGGGCAUUAUUCAGUUCACGAUUUCGUGCGAGAUGAAGUCACCAAGAGAAUUCUUGCGACUUUCCGCAAGGGGCCGCUGGACGUCGACCAACGGCUGGGCGACGAGACCGCGGCGAUGCGGCUAUUUUACAGCUGCCACGACGUGCGCGGCCGGCAGCACGACGCACUGCAGCCUCUGACACGCGUCAUGCGGGCCCUCUCUCUGAGCGAGUGGCCGUACGAGCUGGGCGAGCGGCUGCCACGUGCACGCUUCGUGCUGCAGCGGCUCAGCAUCGACUACGCACUGCCCUUCUUCGUGUCGCUACGCGUCGAGCCGGACCCGAGGGACGCACGCGCCAACUUGCUCGCCGUGGACCUUGGCGAGCCGAUGCUGCACUCGAACUUCGUGCGCGAGGCGACCGACGAGUACCGGGCACUGUUGCGAGCGCAUGCCGCCUACAUCCGGCGCACCAUGGCAAUCAUGGGUGCACACGACAUGGCUGCCGCUGUGGCAACCGAUGUGCACGACUACGAGUUCGCUCUGGCCGAGCUUUCGAACUACCAGACUCUCAGGGAGCUGACAGAAUUUAGCAGCGACAACAUCGUCACUUUGGACAAGCUCCAGCAGGGGGCAACACUGGAACUCCUGGCGAGCAUCGCGCGCGAAGCCUACCAGCGCGGCGGAGUGGCCGCGCGUUGGGACGAGGAGGUGCUCGUGUGGAACGUCAGCACCUUGCGAGCGCUCGACAAGUUUCUUGCCUCGGAGAACCGGCGCAUGCUGCUCAAUUAUCUGGGCUGGCGGGUGGUGGCGCUUUUGGGUCCUGCCACCACUGUGGAUAUGAUGAACGCCAGGCAUGCGUUCUACAUGGUCAAGUUUGGUGCCGAGGACCAGCCGCAGCUGCUGGGCUACUGCUUCGAGCAGGCGACCCGAAUGCUGCCCGUCGCCAUGGGCCGUAUGGCGUACCGGGCUGUUGGCGGCGCCGAUUCCGCGCAGCGCCUCGUAUCGCGGAUGGUGGAAGAGAUUCGGGCCUCACUGCUGCUCUUGCUCCGGGGAAGCGACGUCAGCUGGCUCAACGAGCAGUCCAAGGAGAUUGCCAUCAAAAAGAUCAGGCGGCUGAGACUAAUCCAACAGCCUGUCAACAGCACGGCGCUGGAUUGGAAGCCUCCCAAGCUGCACCCAGAAUCGAGCUUUGGGACAAAUGUCGCCAUACUUCUAUCAGCCAAGGCAGAACAAAGCUGGAAGCGCCUCGGAAGAUACAAUUACUUCGAUAGUGUGCCGGUUCCCCAGCUACGGAUGGGCAUCUCGUAUGAUGUCUACCGAAACGCUAUCGUUGUGCCUGCCAUACUGACUGGACUGGGUCUGUCGACGCCCGGUGUCCUGGCCCUUGAUCUCAGUCCCUCCAUAAACUUCGGCGCAUUCGGUUACCUCGUGGCCCAUGAGAUGUUGCGAAGUAUUAUGUUCAGUGGCAGCGUCAUAGACGUGGAUGGCAGCUUUAGCAAUUGGCACCUACGGGACACUUCGGCCAAGUUCCGCAUCCUGGUGAACUGCUUCGAGUCCAUGCUUCGCCGCACCUUAACAAAUGAACUUACGAGAAGGGUUCGUGCCAGCAGCUUGGCGCUGUCGCAGAUGCUCAUCCGGGAGCUCGUCAUCGGUUCGACCGCUCUGCCAGCCGCUUUCAAGGGGACAGCCAAAAUGGAUGCCAGCACUAGUAAUGGCCCAGACUGGACCAGUGUCUUUCAAGGUUCGUGUAUCAACCCCUUCAGGAUGCUCGGAGUGGCGGCGUCACACGAACCAGUUGCUUCAAAGCACGACCGUGCCUGCAGAAAACAUCGUUCAAGACGAUGAGUUCUCCGUGGGGCCACACAGCGACCUCGGAUCGGGACCAGCAGCGGAAAACUCCGUUGAAGGUGAUGGGUUCGCCGUGCACGGGGCCACACAGCGACCCCGGAUCGGGACAAGCCUUUUCAGUGCCACCAGCUAGUGUUGCUCUCUCACCACCGACGUCGCAGGCUGACACUGCACGGGGUGACGAGGAUCGACGCUACCCAAUUCGAAAUCGUCGACCACCUGAUAGGUUCCAAGCAGGAACGUGAACUUUGACAGUUUCAUAAUAAAAGCGGAGGAAGUGUUGUCCGCGAUAGCGCGCCUGAUAAGCAGACUGCUGUUAGGGCUCAUGUGCGCACAAGUACUUAUAUUGUCUUGCUAUGUGCGUGAACGGUUGAUUCUAGAUGUAACCAGGAGCCCGUAAGCUGCGGGCAACAAACACCGUUUUCUUGUUGAUCCCUUGCCUGGUCACCCACUGACAUGACAUGAGGUCACCCACUGACAAAUCGCUCGCGCUCUAACAGCCGUUGCACGAUAGCUUGUUUAUCGCUGUCUGGAACUACCACCACCACCACGUCCGUCGCUUUACGCAGCGCAAGCGAUUACGGUUGCUAGCUUACAUUGAACAGCCAACGCUUGCGUCGCGGCCCUGUCCCUUUUUAAACGGCAGCGAAACCGAAAUGACUUUUCGAGCGUGAAAAAUACAUUCUACACAAAAUCCAGGAUGAUUUCCGGCACCGGGGGUUGUUUUGGUCUGCGGUGCCUGACAGCAUGAAAAAAAUUUCGGCCCCCCCCUCCCCCCCCUGGCUACGCCCCUGCCUGUGGCAAUUACCGCGGUCCGUGAGGGGACGCUUAGAACACCCUUUCCCAGUAGUUUCUUUCUUGCUCAAAUUGGUCCGUGAAGACGACAGCGAAUCAGUAAACAAGACUCGGUCCUGCAAGGAUUGACUGUCGGGCUAGUUGGUUCAUUCUCACAGAAAUAA